CAGAAAUCGCUCUUGACCGGACGUCUCUCUUUUCGUCUCAGGCCGCAAACCCCUCUUUCUUACAGGUUACUUUUCUCUUUUCUUGUCGUUGGGCUUGUUUUCUUUCAUGUUGUUGCCUCGUUCCAACGGCACAUCAUGUCAGAACCAAUUCCUGCCCCCGAUCCCUUCGAGAUGCCCGGAAUGCCCCAGUUUCCGGACCCCAUCGAUCCCGAUGCUCCGGGUCGGGGGCCUCUGAUCAUGGGUGUCACUUGGACCAUGACCAUUCUGUGCAUCCUCAUCAUCUCUGCCCGUUUCUAUGUCCGUGCCACCGUCGCACGGAAAGUGAGCUCGGACGACUGGUUCAUGCUAGCCGCCGUGGUCAUGCAAAUCACUUUCCAAGGAUGCAUCACCGAAGCAUCUCGUUGGGGGCUGGGCAAGCGGGACGCCAACUUGUCGGUCUUUCCACAACUUAUCCAGGUGCUCAAGUGGAACUGGAUCUCGACAACGCCUUCCAUCAUGGUCUCCAUCCUGGCGAGGGUCUCGGCCAACAUCUUGCUCACUCGGCUGUUUGGGACCAAGCCUUGGCUCCGGUGGUUUCUCUGGAUCUUCACCGGUCUGCAAGUCGUCGUUUCUAGCGUCCUUAUCGUACUCGUUUGGGUCCAGGUCGACCCGGUCGAGGGUCUAUGGAACCCUUUCAUGGCUGUGAACCGACGGUGGGAUCCUCGCAUUCAACAGAACACCUCUUACUUGGCGCAAUCCCUCUUCACCUUCUCCGACGUAACCUACGUCCUCUUCCCCGUCAUGGUCAUCUGGAAGCUCCACAUGCCCCUCCGGCGCAAAAUCGGCCUCGGCCUCCUCAUGGGCCUGUCCCUGAUCACCGCCGGCGCCUCCAUCAUGAAGACCAUCACCACCCCGCGCGCCGACACGGGCAACACGCAAGACGCGCAGUACAACGCCAGCCUCGCGGUCCUGUGGUCCGGCAUCGAGCAGAGCCUCGUCAUCAUCAUGGGUUCGAUCCCGCCGCUGCGCGCCAAGUUCAAGGCGCUCAUGGUCGAGCGCUUCGGCUGGUUUGGCACCACCGUCGUCGGCUUCGUCAGCGCCGACCGCACCCGCAACAGCACCCACCACACGCACAAGCAGCAGCGCGGCUCGAAGCGCUUCUCCGGGGGGUCGCAGCAGUCGUUGCGCCGCGGGCUGCAUACCGGCGACUGCAUGUGGGAUUCGAGUGGCUCGGGCGGGCACCGUCAUGCGCCGCAGUUGUCGUCGAGUUCGGGGAGCUCGGGGGGCGAGACGCCGCCCAUGGACCUGUCGACGGCCGAGAUGGGGCAGAUUCGGAGGACGGAUGAAGUUACUAUUACGUUUACGGAUCACCCCCGGACAAAAUCCUGAGGGCUGUGAUUCUGGGGGGGACGCGAGGGAGUAGGGAGUUACAAGUGUGGCUGCACGUGCAGACUGUAGUACAUAGAUAGAUCAUAGAUGAAUCAUGCAUAGCCUCAUGGGUAGACAAGCAUAGCGUUUCUUUUUGAAUGAAUAUUACUUCAUGUUCUCUUUUGCAGGCCUGAAUCUUGGUGGUUUCUCUUAGGUCAAUUAUUCCCAAUUUCCUCGAAUUGACCUCACUGCUGUUGGCGUCGUGCGCAUUCGGAUUAUGGCGCUCCGAACGACGGGACCUCAACUAACGCCACAGUUGCGCUGCAUACUGCACUGCAUUCUCUGCCUGCAUGCACACCGCCCGAGGAGAAAAAAAAAGAAAGCGAAUGUUGAACAGUUGAAAGGUUAAACGGAGAAGAAAUACAAUUGAAGCAGAAACAAAUAAAAUAUCAAUUGGGGCAUAU